AUGGUCGUCGUGGACGGUAUAGACCUCGAUGACUACUAUGUCGGCAAAACACCAUACAAUGGCACCGAGGCAGAUGGAGGGGAUCCCACGACGGAGAACUUGAACAUAUGGUACGAGUCGGGAGAUAUUGCUUGGAUGAUAACAGCCACGGCUCUCGUCCUUCUCAUGAUACCUGGUGUUGGCUUCUUCUACUCUGGUCUCGCACGGCGAAAGUCGGCAUUGUCUCUCAUAUGGUUGUCCGUCAUGGCAACGGCCGUCACAUCUUUCCAAUGGUUCUUCUGGGGCUACUCCCUGACCUUUUCGCACACGGCCGGCCCAUUCCUGGGAGACCUGGCCAACUUUGGCUUCAAAAACGUCCUGGCGCGCCCGUCGGUAGGGUCCACGCGGAUCCCGGACCUGCUCUUCGCCGUGUACCAGGGCAUGUUCUCGGCCAUCACGGUGGCGCUGGCGACGGGCGCCGUGGCCGAGCGCGGGCGCAUGCUGCCCUGCGUCAUCUUCAUGUUCAUCUGGGCCACGAUUGUCUACGACCCCAUUGCCUGCUGGACCUGGAACCCGAGCGGCUGGUCCAACAAGAUGGGCGGGCUCGACUUUGCCGGCGGCACCCCCGUGCACAUUGCCUCGGGCUGCGCCGCCCUCGCCUACUCCAUGAUGCUGGGCCGCCGCCGCGGCCACGGCACCCACGAGCUCAACUACCGGCCGCACAAUGUCACGCACAUUGUCAUUGGUACUGUCUUCAUGUGGGUGGGCUGGUUCGGCUUCAACGCCGGUUCCGCCCUGGCCGCCAACCUGCGCGCCGUCAUUGCCGCCACCGUUACCAACCUGGCAGCCUGUGUCGGCGGUGUCACCUGGUGUCUCCUGGAUUAUAGGCUGGAGAGAAAGUGGUCGGCUGUAGGCUUCUGUUCGGGGGUCAUUGCUGGGCUCGUAGCCAUCACGCCGGGAUCAGGUUUCGUCCCAGUCUGGGCCUCGGUCCUCUAUGGAAUACUCGGAGCCUCGUGCGCCAACUACGCAACCAAGCUAAAGUUCCUCGUCGGAGUCGACGACGCCCUGGACAUUUUCGCCGUGCACGCCGUCGGCGGUCUCGUGGGCAACGUGUGCACGGCCCUGUUCGCCAGCCGCUCCGUGGCGGCGCUCGACGGCAGCACCGUGAUCGCGGGCGGCUGGCUCGACCGCCACUGGGUGCAGCUGGGCUACCAGCUGGCCGACUCGGUCGCCGGCGGCCUGUACUCGUUUGUCCUGACGACGCUGAUCCUGUUCCUCAUCAACAUGAUCCCCGGCCUGCGCCUCCGCGCCCACGAGGAGGCCGAGAUCCUCGGCAUCGACGACGCCGAGAUUGGCGAGUUCGCCUAUGACUAUGUCGAGCUGACCCGCGAGGUCCUCAACGACGACGUCGUCGUCGGCGGCGGCGCCAAUGACGUACCCGGCACCAGCCUCUACUCCCGCGACCACACGGCCAGCCCUUUUGAUCCGCGCGAGAAGAAUAGUAUCCCCCUGACAGACGCAAGGGCGUAUGCAGGGAAUACCAACCGCUCUGCGCUGGUGAGGUAA